GAUGUGAUAGUUGCUCCAGGUGAGGACAAGGAACAGCCCUCAGAAGGAGACCCGCGCACAGGUCGAGUGGUGCCGAGGCCCCACCAAUCAGCUCUCCUGCCUGACCUCACCAGGGCUCUGCCAGCCUCCCAGUCUUUGCUCAGUAGUGCGCCACCUGAGAGAGCUGCUGCUAAGGGGGCAUCCCGUCCCCCAUCGCUGUGCCUGGAAGGGGGAGGCAGAGGGGGCUGAGAAAGGGGGUCAGGGGAGCCCCCAGCGGGGCGUCAAGACGAGUUCUUCCAAAAAGUCCGCUCAGCGAGGGUGCUCCAGGAGCCCACGUCUCCGCGCGCAGGCUGGGCUGCUCUUCUCUCUGCAUCCCUCCCGUCCUUGGGGAGCCCCGAAGGUACUGCGGGGGCGAGCAAGGGCGGAGCCACCGAGCAGUUAUAGGUGGACCAACUCCCGAGCCUGUAGCCUCCCGCGCCGCGGCUUCCCGACACCCGUGCGCCCAGACCCUCCGGAGCCAGUUCCUGGUCCGCCCCGCCGGGAGCCGUCAGCAUGAGCCCCCGGGCACGCGGCAUGGGAGCGCGGGGCCCGGGACCGGGGGCCACUGCGAGCCGCCGGCUGCUGGCAUUGCUGUUACUGCUGCUGCUGCUGCCGCUGCCCACCCGUGCCUGGUACAAGCACACGGCGAGUCCCCGCUACCACACGGUGGGCCGCGCCGCGGGCCUGCUCAUGGGGCUGCGCCGCUCGCCCUACAUGUGGCGCCGCGCGCUGCGCCCGGCGGCCGGGCCCCUGGCCUGGGACACUUUCAGCCAGGACGUGCCCCCUCAGGGACCCUCCGCCAGGAACGCCCUCUCUCCGGGACCCGCCCCUCGCGACGCUCCGCUGCUUCCCCCCGGGGUUCAGACACUGUGGCAGGUGCGACGCGGAAGCUCCCGCUCCGGGAUCCCGGUCAGUGCGCCCCGCAGCCCGCGCGCCCGGGGGUCCGAGCCGCAACCAGAGUCGGGCGCCUCUUGGACCUCGGCGGAGCAGACCAGAGCCUUCGGAGAGUCUUCAGCUCAGCGGUGGUCUGCGCAGGGAACCGCCUUCGCCAGCCCCCGCCUCGCCCCAGCCCCAGAGCCGACCUGAUCGCGGCCCCGGCGGCGCGGCCCCGCGCCUGGCCCCCGCGGAGUCUCUUCGGGCCCCCAGGCCGGCCGUCUGGUCAAUAAAACCCGCCUAGUUUCUGCGCGCCCGCGUG